AUGAGGAUACAAAUAACAAGUUCGCCAUUUAUCGGAACAAUAGUUGUUGUUUGCAUUUUAGCAUCUAAUGGAUUGGCACAACGAUUUAAUCCCCGAGAUCUGGGGAGAUCAGCUGCUGAUAUAAUUCGUGGAUUGGGCACACAGGCCAUAAGAGAAAUACCAACACCCCAGGAUUUGCUGUAUACCUCAAUUCAGUUAUUAGUUGGAUUGCCCGAACAAACUGUUGUCGGUAUUAUCAAUCAGGCAUGUUCGCUUUAUUUGGCAUCGGGUGCAAUUAAUCCACGUAUUACACCCAAUAUCGAGGAAAUGUAUUACCAGUUGAGAACUCCUUGCAAAAAUAUCAGUGUUCCUCUCCAGCAACCGGAGCAGCUUGUAAAUCUACCGGAAUUUGAUGUGAACAAGCAAGUUGUUAUCUUUGUUAGUGGUUGGGGUUCAGAUGCUAAUAGUUCCUACAUUCAAGAUUUCGCCAAUGCUUAUAAUUGUCGUGGCGAUUACAAUUUUGUGUACAUAAAAACUUCGGAUUCCAUUAAAACUUUGUAUACAUGGUCGGCAUUCAAUACCGAAGAAGUAGGCGAUAUACUUGCGGAGAGCUUAAGUCAAUUAACUGAAUAUAUACCCGUAGAAAAUAUCCACCUAAUUGGUCAUAGUUUGGGUGGACAAAUUGUCGGCAGUGCUGGACGUCAAUUUAAAAAUUUAACCGGCCAAUUGUUGCCUCGCAUUACUGGCUUAGACCCUGCGAACCCCUGUUUCAAUGAAGGCGAAUCUUUAGAGGUUAUUUCACGUGGUGAUGCUGAAUUUGUCGAUAUCGUUCAUUCAAAUCCAGGUGUUUUGGGAAAACCACAAUCAUUAGGCGAUGUUGAUUUUUAUCCAAAUGGUAAACAGGCCGUCAAACCGGGUUGCGUUAAUUUUGGUUGUUCGCAUGAACGUUCGAUACGUUAUUUCAUUGAAACGGUGUAUCCCGGUAAUGAGAGAAAUUUCUUAGCGAAACGUUGCAAUUCGUUGUCCGGUUUGAAUGGUGGUCGCUGUGAUGGGCCAGAAUAUCCCAUGGGUUAUGCAGUGCCACAUGAUUUGAAGGGUGAUUAUUAUUUGAAUGUGAAUGCGGAACAACCAUAUGGUAAAAAUGCGCCGGAAAAUGCUACAGUUCAACCAAACGAAUUGUGUGCUAUCGCGGCUAAUGUAGUGGCACAAUCAGUGGACUUUAGUGCCAUGGCAAAAUCAGCAGCUAGCAUUAUUGAAGGAUUCGGUUCACAAGGAUCAAAACAAAUACCAACACCAAGUCAAAUGUUCUCCAUUCCCGUUCAGGUGUUAAUUGGUUUCCCCGAACAAGUAAUGUUUGGUGUUCUCAAUCGGGCAUGUGAGUAA